CUUGUAUGGGUUUGACUGCAGCGGACUGACUUCAACUUCACACCGAGGGCACCUCACCAUAAGACACAUUUAUCAUCCCACACCUCCCCGGGUCUCCUUUGGGAAACAGGGUCAGUGCUAUUAGGGCAGCCAAUUGGCUUUUAAUUAAUGGGGUUAUUUAGAAGAGCGCGCGAGUCGUUUUUGUUAAGGUCUCGUUGACGAUAGCAGUUUGUGUGGGUUGCCGUUGGCUUCGGUGUUGUCAAAGUGACUGCAUAGAUUAAACAAGACCGCCUGCGCUACAACUGCGAGCCUAGACCCGUGGAGACAUCUUGGACAUCUCUCUGCUUCUCAGGCCGAAGAGGCAUCCCGAUAAAGGUGACCGUUGUCCCGGGCAGUUGACAAUACAAGUUUUUUGGAGGAUACUGAGAGGAACCACUUCUUAAAAUGCCCGUGGCAACAUCCAGCUCUGACUCUGCUAUGCAUCAGGCCCUGGACACACUGAGUGACAGCACAAGCUCCACAACUGCCAAUGACCUGGACCUCAUCUUCCUCAAAGGCAUCAUGGAGAGCCCAGUGGCCCAUGAGCAGUUUGAGGAACCCAAGCUGGAGGCUGUGAGGGAGAACAACGUGGAGCUGGUCCAGGACAUCCUCAAGGAGCUCAACCCACUCACAGACAGGAGCCAGGCCGCCGACGAGCUGGUCCGCAUCCUGAAGGAGCCGCACUUCCAGUCCCUUCUAGAGACCCAUGAUUCUGUGGCGUCCAAAAACUACGAGACACCCCCCCCCAGCCCAUGUUCCUUUAUGGAUGCAGCCCUUAACAACCAGCCCGUUCCUCCAGACGCAGUCAGGAUGGUGGGCAUCCGAAAGGUGUCGGGCGAGCACCUGGGUGUGACGUUUCGAGUGGAGAGCGGCGAGCUGGUGAUUGCCAGGAUCCUCCACGGCGGCAUGAUUGACCAGCAAGGUUUGCUCCAUGUGGGUGACAUCAUCAAGGAGGUGAAUGGCAAGGAGGUGGGCAACGACCCCAAAGUGCUCCAGGAGAUGCUGAAGGAGGCGAGCGGCAGCGUGGUGUUGAAGAUCCUGCCCAGCUACCAGGAGCCACACACACCAAGACAGGCCUUUGUAAAGUGUCACUUCGAUUACGACCCAUCCCAUGAUAACCUGAUUCCCUGUAAGGAAGCAGGGCUUAGCUUCAACAGUGGAGACAUUCUGCAGAUUUUUAACCAGGAGGACCUCAAUUGGUGGCAGGCCUGCCACAUAGAAGGAGGCAGUGCAGGUCUUAUACCAAGCCAGCUGCUUGAGGAGAAGAGGAAAGCGUUUGUGAAGAGAGACCUGGAGCUUGCUACCACAGGUCCUCUUUGUGCUGGGAUGGGUGGUAAGAAGAAAAAAAAGAUGAUGUAUUUGACUACCAAGAACGCAGAAUUUGAUCGCCACGAGCUGCGGAUAUACGAAGAAGUUGCCAAGGUCUCGCCCUUCAGGAGGAAGACACUGGUUCUGAUUGGUGCGCAAGGGGUCGGCCGUCGCAGUCUGAAAAACAAGCUGCUGGUGUCGGAUCCUCAGCGCUAUGCCACCACCAUCCCCUUCACCUCCAGGAAACCAAAGGUGGAUGAGCGAGAUGGCCAGUUGUACUCCUUCAUGACCCGCAGCGAAAUGGAUUGCGACAUCAAAAAUGGUCGUUUCUUGGAGCACGGCGAGUACGACGGGAACCUGUACGGCACUAAGAUCAACUCUAUACACGAAGUGAUAGAAACAGGAAAGAUCUGCAUCCUGGACGUCAGCCCACAGGCUCUUAAAGUCCUGCGGACGUCAGAGUUUCUGCCCUAUGUUGUCUUCAUUGAAGCCACGGAUUUUGAGGUUCUCAAAGCUAUGAAUAAGUCAGCAAUUGAGUCAGGAGUGGUCACGAAACAGUUGACGGACUCUGAGUUAAAGAGGACGGUGGACGAGAGCGAGCGCAUCAAGCGGGCCUAUGGACAUUACUUUGACCUCUGCAUCAUAAACGACGGCCUGGAAGCGGCGUUCCGAAGUCUACGGUCGGCGCUGGAGAAGCUGUCAACGGAGCAGCAGUGGGUGCCUGUCAGCUGGGUCUUCUGAAGGUCACUGAGAUGGCUCACCCGCAAGGUGCCAGGGCCACAGGUCGGAGGUCCGAGGACGGUUUGGUAGCUCCAGAGGGGCUGUCUCCACGCAUUCAUCGGUGGUGGAGGUCUGUAGUGAAGGGCCAGGCGUCAUGAUUUAGUGCAAAGGACCAGCCUCAUGUAGAGCGUUUUUUUUGUACAAACCUAUUGUUAUUUGCUUGACUCAUGUCAAGUUGUACUUUAUUUGUCAGAAUUGGAAUCAUUUUAUCAAUAUUUUGUUGAGAAGGAUUUAGAGUUGAUGAUGAGGUUUAGUGCAAUAGUGUGAGUGAGUGUGUGUAUGUUAUCAUGAACAUGGAAAUAGACUUAGAGUAAAGAAUAUGUUCUAUAGAAGGUUCUUAGCCUUUCCUACUUUAUGUAGUGUAAUGUUUACAUUGGAUUGGUAGGACAGAUAGGUGAUGGGAAAGAUACCAAAUGUCAUAUUUGUGAUAAAAAUUCUAUAUUUUACCAUUUGAUCAUACAGUAUGAUUGUUGGUGUUCAGAAAUGUGCUUUAAAAUGUCCGUCUCUUAAUUACUAAUUAAAAAUACUAACAGCAAUAGAUAAUUUUAAACAAAACAUAUGCGUGCAAUACAUCUACUCACACACAAAUGAACACAGACACUGAUGUAUACAUUAACACAUAUUGUGUUACAGUCUCUUUUUUAGUUUUGUUUCCUUGUUAAUGUUGACAACAUCUGUAUAUUUGUUGUCCUAAGCUGGUAAAGCGUCUGGUUUGUUUGACAGUGAGAGGACCCUGGAGUGGACCACAGUGUCCGACAACUGCCUGCUUGAUUCUGUUGGAGUUAUAUUUGUAGCACUGAGAACAAACAACAAAAAAUGAAGAA